AUGUCCAAAGGAGAUGCUAAGAAUUUGAAAGAGGAGAUUCAAAAAUUAUAUGAUCCUUUGUUAUUUUAUCAACAUGGAGACAAUCCUGCAUACAAAAGAUACGUUGAAAUAAUGCAGGAAAACGCUUAAGAGGGUAAACAAAUAGAUCCAAGAACUUAUUUUGUUAAUAAAUUGCAAAGAAUCCAUGUAGCAAGAAAUAUCUAAGAUUUUGUUGAAAGAGAUUUGAAAUGUUUUAACUUUGUUCGAAUUUUCCCAGUUUGGAUAUGUACAACAGGGUUCUUUUUACAAGCUGCUUUAACACACAGAUAAAUGUUCUUGCCAAUUGGAUAGAGAGGUAUAACAAGUAUCAAAUAAACCUCAUUCUUUUACAAUUUUGGGUAUGUUGGAUUAGCUGGUUAUGGGUUGUAUUUAUUUGGAGCCUCUUAUUUAUGGUGGUAAGUGACUAAAAUGACAGCCAACAAAUUCUAUAAGCAUUGCUUAUUGGGAGAAAGACAAUGGUCAUAUGAGAGAGAGAGAUAAAAUAACACUUAUGGAAAUUACUACUUUAAGGAUGUUCCUUUGUCAUGUGAAGAGAAUUUCCCAGAUCUGGCUAGAGGAGAAAUUGCGAAAAAGCAAAGACCCAAGCCAGAGUGGUGAUAUAUUAAUAUUAUUCAUUCACAAAUCAAUAUAUUAGCAUAUGAUUUAAAAACUA